AUGCUGCCGGAGCAGGUCCGCAACCUGCGGCGUCAAUGGGGACUGAAGCCGGUGUACAAAACGGUGGAUACUUGCGCCGCAGAAUUCGAGGCUGUCACUCCCUACUUUUACAGCACCUAUGACCAGGAAAACGAAGCUCUUCCACUGCCGGGCAAGAAGGCGGUGGUCAUCGGCAGCGGGCCCAUAAGAAUCGGCCAAGGGAUAGAGUUCGACUAUUGCAGCGUCCACGCAGCCCGCGCACUGUCCGAGUCGGGCGUCCGCAGUAUCAUGAUCAACUCCAACCCCGAGACGGUUUCCACCGAUUUCGACUCCAGCGACCGGCUUUACUUUGAGCCUCUGGACGAAGAGGCGGUGCGCGACAUUGUGGAGAACGAGAUGGUGGACGACCAGGCUCCGCCGUCGCUGGUGCAAUUUCGGCGGCCAGACCGCCAUCAACCUUUCCCAAUCUCUGGCGAUGGCGGGGCUGCCCAUCCUGGGGUCCAGCGCCGCAUUCCACAACCGCCAGGCGCCGCCGUCACCUCUGUGAGCGAGGCGCUUCAGGUGGCCCAGAACAUUGGUUACCCCGCUGUGGUGCGGCCCAGCUACGUGCUUGGCGGACGGGCUAUGGAAAUUGUCCAGAAUGCGUCGGAGCUCAUACGCUAUUUGACCGCCGCCGCCGCGCUGGCCCCCGAUCAACCGGUGCUCAUCGACCGUUACAUGGAAGGAAAGGAGUGCGAGGUCGACGCUAUAUGCGACGGCGAGCAGGUCUUGAUUCCCGGCGUCAUGGAGCACAUCGAGCGGGCCGGCGUCCAUAGCGGUGAUUCGAUGGCGAUCUAUCCGGGGCUGAACCUGACGUCAGAAGAGGUCGACACCAUCGUCGACUAUACCACCAGGAUAGGGCUGGCGUUGGAAGUGCGCGGGUUGAUGAACAUCCAGUUCGUAAUUCUGGGAGGGCCUCCGUACCGCAGCCCCAACCUCCCAACGGGCGCCGCAGACGCUACGUCGGUCUAUGUUCUUGAGGUUACCGGAGUUCCCGCAGCCGCCAUCGCCACGCGGGUUAUGCUGGGGCAAACCUUGGCCGAUCAAGGCUAUAAAGGGGGGCUUUGGCCUCGCCAGAACCUGGUAGGAAUAAAAGCUCCGGUCUUUUCCAUGGGCAAGUUGGUGGGAGUUGACUGGCAUUUGGGGCCGGAGAUGCUUUCUACCGGAGAGGUGAUGGGCAUUGACCUGGACUUCCCCAACGCUUUGUCGAAAGCGCUCUUGGCUGCCAACAUGAAUCUGCGCCGGAAAACGGGUGUCCUGCUCAGCAUCGCCGACCAGGACAAGGCCGAAGCGGUGGUGCUGGUUCGGGCAUUGGGAGAAUCGGGAUGCCCGCUCUAUGCCACCGAAGGCACCGCCGCUAUGAUUGCCGCCAUGGGCAUUCCCGUGACGAUGGCCACCAAGAAAAUCGGUGAAGGUCACCCGAACGUGGUGGAUGUGGUCAACGACGGCAGCGUGGGAGCGGUGAUAAACACUUUGUCGGGAGACACGUCAGUCCUGCAGGACGGGUUCUUCAUACGCCGGGCCGCAGUCGAACGGCAAAUUCCCUGCUUUACUUCCUUGGACACGGCACGGGCGGCGGUGGAGAGCCUGCUGGGCGAACGCGGCAACUACAACGUCAGGCGCACCGAAGAGUACCGAACGGGUGGUUUUUAG